CCAUGCUGCCGGAGCGCAGAGGGGACCUGCUGCCUUCAUCCGCCCGGAACAUGGACACGAUCCGAGUGGCAGUAGUCGGCGCUGGCCUGGCGGGACUCUCCACGGCCGUGUGCCUUUUGGCGUUGCGGCCCCACUGCUCUGUCACCGUCCUCUCCGACAAGCGCAGCCCCGACACCACCAGCGACGUGGCGGCUGGUGUGCUCAUCCCCCACGCCUUUCCAGAAACUCCUAUCCACAAGCAAAAGCAGUGGUUCCGGGAGACGUUCGAGCACCUGUCAGCCAUCGCUAGCUCUGCAGAAGCAGCAGACGCUGGCGUCCACCUGGUAUCUGGUUGGCAGAUAUUUCGGAGCAUCCCUGUGGAGGAAGUGCCCUUCUGGGCCGAUGUGGUCCUGGGAUUUCGAAGGAUGAGUGUGGCUGAGCUGAAGAAAUUCCCCCAGCAUGUGUUUGGCCAGGCGUUCACCACCCUCAAGUGCGAAGGCUCUGCCUACCUCCCGUGGCUGGAGACAAGGCUGAAAGAUGGUGGGGGUGUGAUCCUUACUCGCCGGGUAGAAGACCUGUGGGAACUCCACCAGAACUUCGACAUCGUGGUCAACUGCUCGGGGCUCGGAAGCAGAGAACUUGCGGGGGACUCCACGGUUCUCCCCGUGAGGGGGCAGGUGCUGCAGGUGCAGGCUCCCUGGGUGAAGCAUUUUAUCCGAGACGGGAGUGGACUGACCUAUAUUUACCCUGGGGCCUUCCAUGUCACCCUGGGUGGGACCAGGCAAGAGGGAGACUGGAGUCUGACCCCGGAUGCCGACAUCAGCCAAGAUAUUCUGUCCCGCUGUUGCGCUCUGGAGCCCUCACUCCGCAGAGCCUACAACCUAAAGGAGAAGGUGGGCCUGAGGCCCUACAGGCCAGGCCUGCGACUGCAGACAGAGCUCUUAUCGCGGGAUGGCAGGAGGCUGCCCGUGGUCCACCAUUACGGCCACGGUGCGGGCGGCUUCUCGGUGCACUGGGGCACUGCUCUAGAGGCUGUCAGGCUGGUGAGCGAGUGUGUACAAGCCCUCCGCUCUCCUGCCCGCAGCUCGAAAUUGUAGACGUGCCCAACACGAGCGCUACACUGGCUGCAGUAACACUCCUAACGCAUGAAAGCUUCAUCAGACACUUGUUGAUUUUCAGAAUGAGAAAUGAAGCCAACAGAUCCCGGUGGAUUUAGUAGGUCUACCACUAAUGACACAGAGCAAAAAGUUUGAUUUUUGUUGUUGCUGUUGUUGAAGGAUGUUUUUCAUAUAGGGCAUGUCCAAGGAUCGUGCUGAUUUACAGGAGUACCGCAAGUCAGAGGGAUUCUGAUGCUUGGGCUCACAAAUAUGCAGAGAUCGUGCAGGGAGAACACUUACCAUGCUGGCUUUCUCAGGUGACAGCUGUCUGAGCUGUAUAACCCUUCGGCUUAAAGCUGCGCGGCAACCAGGCGUGUGGACUCAUGUAACACUUGAUUGAAGACAAAGCAUGAUUACCGGCAGGACGUGGCCAACUCCUGCUCCCCUCAGCUGCUGGCGAUGGCAGGAGACGGAAGCCAAGUUGUCUGUGAGUGUGGCAUCCAUUCAUCAACUUCCUGGGCUUCCUUACCCAAGGGCUGUGUAUCCCAUUACCAUAAAUGAUGCAGAGCUGGCUGGCACAGCUGACUUACCUAAGCAGUUUUUGAAGAUUGAAUUCUGUGUGCUGUCCCUGAGCUAUUUUGCUAAUUGAGAUGACAUAAUCAUUCGAAAUGAAAUAUAACCAAAGGGUGUCUUGCAGCCUGCUAAAAUAAUAAUAAUAAUAAUAGUGAGGAGGAGAGAAAUGCAACGCAUAAUAAAAGGAGCUCAGGAACUGCUGAGUCCAUUAAGUUUAGCCUGGCCUCUCGCCUUGGGCCGACUCAGCAUCACGAAUGCUCCAGAAGGU